CGUUCCAGGACAAAACGCGGUCUAGGAUGCUUGGGAGUCGAGACGAGUAGCUUUCUGGCCCCUUUCCAUCCUGUCGCGCAGCGCAGGUGCUGUGCGCCUCGCCCCCUCUUUUCUCUUUUGACUCACCACCCACUCCUGCCGCUUCCAUCUCCCUCCCUCCCACCCCUCCUCGUCUUCUCCUUCCACUUGCUUGAUUGCUUCUCCCUCCGUUACUACCUGUUGAUGUUCCUGGACUCCCAUGAACCGCCCUCCGUCGGAUUCUUGAUCCAUUCUCGGCCCAAGCAAUCGGACCCUGAUCAAGAUUCGGAGCUUCCUGCGCGUUUCUGAUAGAUUUGGCUGGGCGGCGCCUUCUGUUUCGUUCUUGGUUACAAAUCCAUCGCACCUCCUGGUGUGCCUACUACUGUGGUCUUAGGACUUUUGGAGCAUCUGAGGCCUCGGGCGGUUUGUUCCUGGAGAUGUUCGGCGUCCAGGAGCAGUUCGAGAUCAAGUUCCGGCUGCCGGACGGCACCGACAUCGGGCCCAGGCGGUACCCGGCGGCGUCCACCGUCGCCACGCUCAAGGAGACCAUCAUCGCCCAGUGGCCCAAAGAUAAAGAAAAAGGUCCGCGGACUGUGAACGACCUUAAGCUUAUUAAUGCUGGGAAGAUAUUGGAGAACAACCAAACCCUAUCAGAAUGCAAAAGCCCAAUUUGCGACUUCUCUGGGAUGACAACUAUGCAUGUAGUAGUCCGUGCACCAACUUCAGGCAAACAGUCUGAUAAAAGAGCAGCCAAGAAUGCAAAAGAUGUCAGGUGUGGUUGUGCCAUCAUGUAGCAGUUUUGUGAAUAGUAGCAUUAAAAAAGGAUGAUGUGUCUAUUUAAGUUCCUUCCCUUGUUUUCGCUCUUGCUAGAGUGUUGUAUUAUGUUUGAGGCGCUUUCUAUUCCCAUCUUCUUUUGAUGUAUUGAGAACUGUCGGCAGUUAUUUGCUCCCAACCUUGAGUUGCAUCAAGUACAAAGUUUGGAUGCAAAUCGUUUAGUAUCUAAAUUACUAGAUCCAUGUUAUCCAA